UAAGUGCAAAGUAGUUCAAUUAACACCAGAAGGGAGAAAAUUUUGUUGUAUGACAUUUUGAAGAUAAAAGUAGGGAAAGACAUGGCUGCGUGAUAUACAUUUUUAAUAUCCCCAUCUUAUCCCCACUGUAAUUACGUAAUAUGUAAAGAGUUUGUGGUUAGGAGGGCGUCGCUGAUAACUGCGAUGUCAGUUUUGCGUUAGAAACCCAUCUGCAGUGAUGCAAAGUGAAGAUGUUUACUCGCGAAAAUUUUAUGAUAGGGAAUGGAGAGUUAAGUAGCAGUUCUGUGUGACAGUUCAUAAAGCCAACCGAAUAUUGGGCACGAUAAUUCCUUACGUUAGUGCGUCAUUAACUUGUAUUAUGCGGUUUAACGACAAAGAGUUAGUUGAUGUUGGAACAGGACCAGCGGAAUUAGAAGGUAGACUCAAUCAUCGUCGUGCGACGACCGGCAAUUUUAAUCAGUCAGGUUUCAAAGAACGAUGGUUCAAGCUAAAAUCUAACCUACUGUUUUACUUUCGGAUUAAUGAACUUGGAAAAAUUGAUUAUAAAGAGCCUUUGGGUGUCAUCAUCCUGGAAAACUCAAAUGUCCAGUACGAACUUAGUACAGGUGUACCAUUUUCAUUUUCAUUGAUAUUUCGUGAUGAUCCAGAGAAAAAGCAUUUCUUUUCUGGCCGAUCUGAGUCCCACGUUAACCAGUGGGUAAUGGCAAUGAAACAUGCAUCGUACGAGUACUGGAGAUCACAGCUAAUACUGCUUCAAACUAAACUCAACAGUUUGACUGGGAAAGACCCAUUGUUGAUGUAUCCUCACAAUGAGGGUGUGGUAAGAGAUAUCCAGGCACCAGGUUCCCCACUUGCAGAAAAAAAGCUGCAUUCAAAAACUGCCAGUUUUCAGAGUCAUAUGCAAAAUGUUGGUAACAAAGCAUUAGAAACUUUCAAAAGUCAUUGUCAGGAUCUCUUUGAAAGUGACAAUGAACAAGAAAAAGCUGUUCAAGAAGUACAAAAUCUAAUUGAACUAUAAGUUACAGAUAUAUUUUACCUCAUACAAUAUUUAUUUUUCAUCCGGUGACUGUAUUUAUAAGUAAGCAGAUUUUGAAUGGAGUACAAUUUCAUCAUUGCAAACAUUAUCAUUUUCAGAAGAUCUCUUGUACACUUGAUUCUCCUUCGUAGCAUUUAAGAUACAUUAUAUCAGCUGAUCUCUUGUAUUUAAUUCUUUAUUAUAAUUGCUAGGGCAGUGAUUGGUCUCAGCAUCUCCUAUACCUUAUUGUAAUUGCUAGGCAAGUUAAGCAGAGCCUGUUCAUUUUGUGAUAAAACUGAUAAAAAGGGAACAAUCAUUUUUGCCUAACAAGUUGCAUUUUACUGGAUGUAAGAAAAUAUAAAUUGUAUGUUACAUAGGAGAAAUAUACACCCACCUGAAAUACACAUCAGUUGCUAGGAAUUUAGGGCCAGGAGACUGAAAGAGGGCAGAGUAUGUUCUCUUUUUAAGAGAUUAACACCUUGGGAAAAUUGGUGAUGUCUGGCUGAGGUGGAGAUUGGAAGAGUGUCAGUGUGAGAGCUGGUGCUAACACAAUGGUGAGGUGUUCAGUAACAAAGUGCCAAAUGUUUCAGUCCUCAUUUUUUCCAAAUGGUGAAUUGAAAAUGGGGAAAUAUAGCUAUCAGAUUUAUCUACAUUUUAACUGAAAAUUAUGGGGAGACAGGCAUGUAAUCGUCAGCAAUUCAGUGAAGAGCAGAAAAACAUUUGGGAAAGAGUGUGAGCAAAGGCCUGUGAUGUUAAAUUGAAGAAUGUAUUGUUUUAAGUGCACUGUACUAUUUCUGACCAAAUAAUUUAUCUGUCCUAAUAAGAAAGACAUUAAAUAUUUUCACACUUCUGUCA